AUGGCUACUCCUAAGCGUGUGCACAGCUCCACCACCCAACCGCGGAAUGUGGCGGGACAGUUCGCGUCCACCGGAAGGGGUGGUUCAGCUCGUGUCUCUGCCUCUGCUGUUGAAUCUACUAAGUCCCGCCGGACACCCGUGGUAGUCGAACAGGUUGAGGAGGAUGUCAAGCCCGACCUGAAAUCUCUUAUCCGUCAAAAUCGUAGCAUGUCUCGGGGCGCGCGGUUGAGCACGAAGCCCUCCCAAUCUAGCUCCAGAGGCGGUACAAGCAACAACAGCAACAAGAAGCAGGAGAUCAAUACCAACCUAGGUGAGUACUAUGAUGACUCUGAUGUCAACAGUGUAGAUGAUGCCAUGUGUGAAGGCGAGCAUCGUUAUGAUGGGUACGAAUCACUUGAAGAGGAGCAGCAGCAGAUGAUGGUUGAACUCCGGGAGAAGCUCGACAUCGCAGAAAAGAAAAUAUGUAGGGACAUUGAUGAUGAUCCAGAGAAGUCGAAGCAGAAUCUGAAGAAGAAUCUGAAUCGGCUCUAUAAUAGCAUUGUCUGCGUGAGGCUCAUGCCGAAGUAUAUCAAGAAGGAGUCAUCAUUGGUACAAAUGCAUGCUUGA